AUGAACCUGGGGCUUUCUAAAGGAGGAGGAAUCUGUAAAAGGGCAAUCAGCAACAUCUUAUUUGCAUUCUCCCAUGGCUGUGGGGUGGGCUCGAACAACAACUCGAAGAUCUGCGCGGUCUAUGAUGGUCUCACCCUCUGUUUCAACCAUGGGCUAUCGAAGGUGGGGGUUGAAUCUGACUCAAAGAUUGUGGUGGAAAGUCUUAAUCACAUGGUGCAGUUGGCUUGGAAGUGGCGAUACUGGGCCGCCUGCAUAGCCAGCCUGCAGAAGAAGGGGUUGUUUCGUUUUGUCCAUAUCUUGCGAGAAGGAAAUGGACCGGCAGAUGGGCUGGUCAAAGAAGGCAACGAUAUUCAAGGGAGUAGAUUUUAUAGGGAGGUCUUUGAGCUCCCCAUCCCUAUCUAG